AGUGAACUGACCUCGGUGUAGUGAAAACAUAACCGGACUUACAACACUACCUUGGGGAACACCGAUAGAAACAGAUUACCGUUCGUUGAUGUGACUCUCAACCAUGUCUCCUCAUCCCGUCUCUUCGUCAACGUCCGUUGUCCACUUGCGCCCGACGAACUGCGCCAGCAGCGUGACGUAACAAAUGGCGUUCAAGUGAUAGUGGCCGUGCGCAAUUCGGUCGGCUUAACAAAACUUGGCAGUGCGGUGCCAGAAUUGAUUGUGUGUUUAUGGCGUGUAGCAAUCCAACAUAAUGGCUUUGCAAUAUAAUUAUCCGCGAUAUCCGAGACAUCAUGGAACUAACAGUGAUCCUCUGCAUGGAUCGGACUCUGACGUGGCGGCUUUGUCAGAUCUGGAGGACGACGAUGAGGAGGACGAGGACGAAGGGGAGGAGGAGGAGGAAGAGGAACUCCCUUAUCCAGGGUUCGUCGCGAUCUCCAUGAAAUACCUGGAUCAGACGUCCCGACCGAGGAGCUGGUGUCUGGCGAUGAUCACGAAUCCAUAUCCUUUUUAUACAGCAGAAGUAAACUAG